CCCAACCAAGGAACAGCUGAUCCAGGGGUCGCCCCAACCCCCAUAGUGGCGCCGCCCCUGAAUUAAAUGAAUUCCAGAAAAUAAUUCUACUAUGGCGGUAAUAAAUUCAAGGUUUCAUCCCCAGAUCCGAUGUUUUUUCUGCAUCGAAAACUUGGGCCUAAAAUAAUAUCGUUAAAGAUGCUUGAAAAAUUAUCGGGUUCUCGCCAAUUCCUGUGUUUGUUGCACUUUAGCAAUGUUCGCGUGUCAAUAUUCGAACAGUGCUCCCGACAUUGGAAGGAAACUAGAAAAAAAUGCUUGGAACUCCAAUGUCGGCAAUUUAAGGGCUUUAAAAUACGACGUAACUAUGGUUUCGUCUCACAACCAAAUUUGAUAGGCUCAGUAUAAGCCUACCACGUUUCUGCUGGGCUCAUGCUUGGGUGAGUUUAUAAAUGGCUUGAUGUAUGGCGUGAGUAAAAAGGAGUGGCCUUAAAAGGAAAAAUCUCAGUUUCUUUUCUUAGGUUUUAGCUUUAUUACCCCGCGUAGUUGUUGAGAGAACUUGGUGGAGGAUUCCGCUACCCCUAUUACUCUUUUCUUAUCUUUUAAUAAUUUUGCCCCAAUUGCUUCGCUAAUGGUGCCAAGAGUAUGCGCUAUAUGAAACUCGGGAAUAAACAAGAAAGUUUGUUUCGGAUUUGCGAUACUGGAAAGAGUCGAAAGGGAAAUUCCCUAUUGUUAUACGUUGUUUUAUUAGAAAUUCCCUGAGCCGCCAUGUUUACAUAUAAAAGCUGUAUACCUAAAAAAUUUGAGCAAAAAGCAAAUCGUGGAAAUUGUGAAAAGUGGGUCUGGCAGAUUGCUCAACAUCUUGUUAAGGAAAAAAUGGAAUAUAAGAUGGCCAUGGAUAUAACCCAAGUGAUGGGAGGUGACACUGAAAUGAUAAGUGUGGAACGUGAUAAUGCUUCAGGCUUCAGUAACUGGCCAUCUGGCAAUGAAGUAAAGUCUGUAAAGAUGAAAUAUGCUCAUGGCAUUAAUUAUGGUAACAAAGAAGUUAACCCUGUAUCUAAGGUUCCAUCUAAAUAUUUUUGCCCAUUUUGUCAGGAGAUUAUGAUAGAACCUAUCCAAACUGUGCGAGGAGAAGUGGCAUGCAAAAAGUGUUAUGUAAAAAAACAAGAGGAAGGUAAUGGAGUAUGUCCAAUAGAUGGUGAACCUAUAUCAUCCGAUGAGUUUUUUCAAGACAGAAGUAUAACACGUGAAAUCAGCAAAAUAGUGUGUGCUUGUAGCAAUGUAGAAUAUGGUUGUCAGUGGAAAGGUGCUUUAUCUGACAUCAAUGCCCAUGAAGAGAAAUGUGAGUUUGUCGCAAUUAUUUGUGAUGACUGUAGAGAGAGAGUUGGAAAGCUACAACUGGAACAGCAUCAACAAAAUUUAUGCAAAGCACGACAAGUCCAAUGUUUAUAUUGCUUCCAACAUUGUCGAGCAAGUGAGGCAAAACUGCAUGACUUUUUUUGUGAAAACAAGCCCUAUGAAUGUCCGCUGGGUUGUUCAGAUGAAAUCAAAAUUGGUGACCUACUUGAGCAUAGCAAAACCUGUUCUGGGUUGGUGUCGGGACAGUUUUGCCCAUUUCAUAAACUUGGGUGUUGCUAUGAGUCCAAUCAGCCUGAAAAUCUGAAAAACCAUUUAGAAGAAGCUAUAAAGAUUCACACAAUGCAAGCACUAGCGUAUUUCAUGACUGCUCAAAGAAACCAACAGGCGUCUAACUAUUGUAUAAAAGAACUACACAAUCAAAUAAACACGCUCUUAGCCAAUGUGGAAUCGCUCGAAAAACAGGUCGCAGAUCUGCAGAGAAGUACUGAACAUUUAAAACAUUUAGAAAGAAUUGAAAACAGGAUUGCCCAAAUCAAAACUCCCGAUCACAAAAUUGAUGACAAAAUAAGUCAGUUGGAAAGUAUGCAGAGAGAUUUGUUGAAAUUAAGCUCACAAAGCCCUGUUAUACAGCAACACACAGAAGUAAUGAGGAUUGCAAACACCUUGGAAAGCAAUAGAAAUAAAAUUGAACAAAUUGAUCGAGAUUAUGCAGUGUUAAAUUCAUCUUUAGCUGAUACAGAGCUAAAACUUUGUCUUCUUGAAAACACAACUUACAAUGGACGCCAGGUAUGGAAAAUAGAUAAUUUACAGUAUCGAAUGACACAGUCUAGAAAUGGACGUGUGACAGCACUUCAUAGCGCUCCGACCUACACUGAAGCUUUUGGGUAUAAGUUCUGCACCAGGUUGUACUUAAACGGUGAUGGUAUUGGGAAGGGUACACAUUUAUCAAUCUUUUUCGUUGUCAUGAAGUCGCAGUAUGAUGAUUUGUUGAAAUGGCCUUUUGUGAAGAGAGUGACAUUUCGCAUCUUGAAUCACGAGAGUUCAUCUAGAGCAAGAAAAGAAACGUUUCUGACCGACAGAAAUUCAUCUUCGUUUCAACAACCGAAAAAAGAGAUGAACAUUGCUGCAGGUUGUCCGAAGUUUUUAAACCUCAGCACACUCCUUGAUGGUGGGUUUGUUGUGGAUGACAGCAUAUUCGUAGAAACUAUUGUAGAAGAUGCUGAAAAAACGUGACAGGUGA